AUGUCCGAAUCAGGACACCAACAACAGGAUGUGGACACCAAGUCUGAGAGCCAUGACUAUGUCACGGCUGAGAUGACCAACAACGCCCGCAUGGCUACCGAGAAGGAGCACAAUAUGACCCUCCUUCAAGGCAUCAGGCUCUACCCCAAGGCCGUCGCCUGGUCCAUGCUUAUCUCGACCUGUAUUGUGAUGGAAGGUUACGACGUCUGUCUUCUUGGCAACUUCUACGCCUUCCCCCAGUUCAACCAAAAGUACGGCCAGCUCAACAAGAAGGGCGAGUACGAGGUGCCCGCCGCUUGGCAGGCUGGUCUGUCCAACGGUGCCGCCGUCGGAGAGAUUAUUGGUCUCUUCAUCAAUGGUUAUGUCUCGGAGCGUUUCGGCUAUAGGUACACCGUCAUCACCUGCCUCGUCCUCCUCUGCGGUUUCAUCGCCAUCUUCUUCACUGCCAAGGACAUCAUUGCUCUCCAGGUCGCCGAGAUCCUCGCCGGUAUUCCUUGGGGAGUUUUCCAGACCCUUACCAUCACCUACGCAUCCGAGGUCUGCCCCGUCGCUCUCCGUGGCUACCUUACCUGCUACGUCAACUUCUGCUGGGGCCUGGGCCAGGUCAUCGGUAUUGGUGUGAUCAAGAGCAUGCUCGGCCGCGAGGAUGAGUGGGCAUACAGGAUCCCUUACGGUCUGCAAUGGAUGUGGCCUCUUCCCCUCCUCAUCGGUGUCGCUCUCGCUCCAGAGUCGCCUUGGUGGCUCGUUCGUCACGGCCGUUACGAGGAUGCCAAGCACGCCCUGCUCCGCCUUACAUCGCUUGACCGUGAGACCGACUUUGACGCCGACGAGACCAUCGACAUGAUGCGUCACACCACUGAGCUUGAGCGCGACAUCACUUCUGGCUCGUCGUACUGGGACUGCUUCAAGGGCACCGACCGUCGCAGGACCGAGAUCGUCUGCAUGAUUUGGGCUAUCCAGAACCUGUCCGGUAACUCGUUCAGUGGCUACUCGACCUACUUCCUCGAAAAGGCCGGUGUCGCCAGCUCGAACGCGUACAACUUUGCUCUCGGCCAAUACGCCAUUAACUGUGUCGGUGUCUUUGGCGCCUGGGGUCUCAUGGCCUGGGGCAUCGGCCGUCGUUCGCUCUACCUCUACGGUCUCUGUGGUCUUUGCGUCGCACUCCUCGUCAUGGGCUUCAUGGGUCUCGUCCCCGCCGCUCACCAGCAGUCCGCUUCGAUGGCUACGGGAGCAAUGAUGAUCGUCUGGGCCUCGUUCUAUCAGCUUACUGUCGGUACGGUUUGCUACUCGCUCGUUGCCGAGCUCUCGACUCGCCGCUUGCAGAUCAAGACCAUCGUCCUCGGCCGCAACGCCUACAACAUCGUGGGCAUCAUCUGCAACAUCCUGACGCCUUACAUGCUCAACACUGAUCAAUGGGACUGGGGAAACUUUGCCGGCUUCUUCUGGGCAGGAAGCUGCUUCUUGUGUAUCAUCUACACCUACUUCCGUGUCCCCGAACCCAGCGGCCGUACUUUCGCCGAGAUCGACAUCCUGUUCGAGCGCAAGAUCUCGGCUCGCAAGUUUGCCUCCACCGAGGUUGACGCGUUCGAUGUCUCGCUCUCGCACGAGGAGGCCAAGCCCGAGACCUCACACAAUGAGAAGAUGGCGCUCCGCAGCACCACCUCGGCCUAA